CCUAUUAUAAGUUCUAGCUGAAGUUUGAAGUACAUGUUAGAUUAUCUCAAACUUUACUCUGAAGGUAUGGCAUAUAAUAGCUGUUUGUACCGGAAAAGACUUAAGUUUAAUCUUGCAAAUCAUGGUGAACUUGAUGCAUGUACACCUGAACCUUCUGGUUACGAAGCUACUAGUGUUUUCAAACCCAAGUUCCCAACCAAGAUUCUCACAAAUGGACAUAGAUCCAUUACACGGGGAAACUAAAAGAUAAAAAUUCCAGUUUAACAUCUUGACUUUCAUCAGUUUAAGAUCCUUGGUAGAUGUUGCUGAUAGUUGAAGAAAGUAUUUGAGAACAUUGCUCAGAAAGUGGAAAAGGGUCAAUAGACAAGUUUGGUUGCAGAUCCAGUGAGGUACUAUGGAUUAUGAUAUGCCUGUAAUGACCAAAAGGGUCAAGUGCUAUCUCUACUCUGUUGGAAUUUGGAGUAACGAAGGGAUGAAAUAUUUAGAACUCAACGAUGGCUCUCAGGAGCAGGAGCAGGAGCAGGAUAAUGUUCCCUUCUUUCGGGUUUAUGCAUCUAAGGGGUCAGAAACAGAAACUACCUUCUUCCUUGAUGGUGUUAUCACAAUAGGAAGAGUACAAAAUGGCUUGAGACUCCUGGAUGGGAAGAACAAGGAGGACAGGUCAAAAGGUUUUUCAAGUUUGGAAAAGAAACGACUUUCAUCAGAUACCGGAGGUGCUAGUGCACCAGAGACAGGAGGUGCUACUACACUGGCAUGUGCUAAGGCACGCACAUGUUGCUACACUAUUACAGUAAGAGAAGGAGAUGCUAAAACAUUUAUAAGACUAAGAGGUGCUACUACACGCUCGAGAGAAGCUGAUCCUACAUUAAUUAUAACUUGAUUACCUAUAACAUGAUAUAUAGUGAAAUCUGGAUCUGUAUAUGUGACAUGGUUGUGGAUGCUUUAGUUUUUUUUGGCUAAAGAGUCAGCAACCUUGUCACCGUCUCUUGAUUUUUAUUUUUUUUCCUACAAG